ACCAUGCUGCUGUAAGCGUCGUCUCCUUUGGCACGUUACAUGGUGUCAGAAGUUGCUGCGCUUCCUGUCGACGCCUGAGGAGAAUCGUACCUGCGAAUAACGCGGUAUGUACCUGCUGAAGGCACCACAGCCACUGCGGCUGACGGGUAACGUCACGGAAAACUGGAAGCGUUUCAAGCAGAAAUUUGAGUUAUUUCUGCAGGCAACGGCGGCAAAGCACCAGCCGAAAACGGAAGCAUCGAAGGCCGCCCUCCUGCUGAGCAUGGCGGGUGACGACGCGCUGGACGUCUUCAACAACUUCCAGUUCGCGCUGGAUGAAGACAAGACCGACUACAGUACAGUGAACAUUCCCGGGAAACAGCUGGUUCUCGCUGACAUGUCACGCUCAAUGGCUGACCAGGGCAAAGAUCAACUUGGCACUACUUCUGGUACCACCGACGACGUGGAGAUCCAUGCGGUGCAGUCCUUGGACUACAUGGUCACUUCCGAAACGCAGCGGCUACUGCAGCAAGAGACGUCUCGUGACGUAUACUUACAGGCCGUGAGGAAGAGCUUAACAAGCGGGCAGCCGGUGACCGGGGAACUCGAGCCUUUUGCGAAAGAGCUGUCGAUCGUUAAUGGAAUAGUGUUGAAGGGCUCGAAAGUUGUAAUACCGAAGAGUAUGCGACAAAGCAUCCUGAACAGAAUACAUGCUGGCCACCUCGGGUUGCAAAAGUGCAAGCAGAGGGCCCGAACUCUUGUAUUUUGGCCCGGUCUGAACGGCGAAAUAGCUGCCCUAGUAGGAAGCUGCGCAACCUGCCGAAAGUACGCGUACAGGCAACCAGUUGAACCACUUUUAAUGCGGCCAGUUCCAAAAUGUGCUUGGUAUAGGGUCGGCGUAGCUGUCUUUUCUUAUGCUGGAAAUUCGUACGUAGUUGCUUACGACGCCUUUUCAAAUUUCCCCGAGGUUGAGAAACUUGACGACACAACUACGAUCGCAGCCCUUAGCGCCAUGUUCGCCAGGUACGGCGUACCUGUAGAAGUUUGCACGGAUAACGGACCCCAGUUUUCAAGCCAUGAAUUUGCCAGAUUUGCCAAAACAUACGACUUCAAGCAUGUAACCUCCAGCCCCCGUUAUCCGCAGUCAAACGGCUUGGCUGAGAAAGGUGUGCAAAUCGUAAAGCGCAUCCUGAAAAAGACGUAA